AUGGGGUAUGGAGAUGGUGUGGCCAACACUCCAGAUAUAGACACAGGCUUCCCAUUGACCAGACCUGACUGGGACUUCAACACUUCAGAAGAGGCCCAACCCUCAGUCCUAUUACAAACGAACAGACCAAUUUCCAAUAAGAAGUCUUGGGUCCAGGGAGCCCCAGGAAACAAACAAUACUCAUGGAUUACCCAAAGAACAGUGGAUCUUAGCAUGGGCUGGGUAUCCCAUUCGUUCAUUGUUAUUCCUGAAUGUCCCUACCCCCUAUUGUGGAGAAACCUCCUCACUAAGAUGGGGGCCCAAAUCCAUUUCCUCCCUGAGGGACCACAGGUCAAGGUUAGGCAGGGAGAGUCUAUCCAGGUAUUGACCAUGAAGUUAGAAGAUGAAUAUCAAUUGUUUGAAGACGGGAGUCAAAAAGCUAAAGAUUUGGACUGGUGGUCAGAAUUACCACAGGCAUGGACAGAAACUGCAGGGAUGUGGAAAGCCAAAAAUAGGCCCCCCAUCCAUGUAGACCUGAAAGCCCAAUCCAGCCCGAUAACAGUCCACCAGUAUCCUAUGUCCAAGGAGACUCAAGAUGGGAUCCGACCCCACAUUUUAUGCCUCCUCCAGCUGGGGAUUCUGUGGAAAUGUCAGUCUGCCUGGAACAUCCCACUCCUCACUGUGCGGAAACCUGGGACUAAUGACUAUUGGCCCAUCCAGGACCUCAGGGAAGUGAACAAGUGGGUGACCGACCUCCACCCAAUGGUCCCCAACCCAUAUAACCUGUUGAGCUCUUUGCCUCCCUCCAGAACUUGGUACACAGUUCUGGACCUCAAGGAUGCCUUCUUCUGCCUGUCCCUAGCCACCAAGAGGCAGGAAUAUUUUGCCUUUGAAUGGAAGGACCCAGACUCGGGCAUGAAGGGCCAACUCAUGACUCACCUGCCCCAGGGCUUCAAGAACUCCCCCACCACCUUUGACAAGGCCCUACAUCAAGAUCUAGCCACGUUCCAGGCAGCCAAUCCUCAGGUAACUCUGUUGCAAUACGUAGAUGACCUCCUUUUAGCCACUUCCAGCAAGGAACUGUGUUUAGAAGGAACAAAACACCUUCUCACUGAACUAGGAGAACUGGGCUACCACACCUCAGCUAAGAAGGCCCAACUCUGCAGCCGGCAGGCUGAGUUUGUUGCCCUCACCAAGGCCCUUGAGUUGGGGGAAGGCAAGAAGAUCAACAUCUAUACAGAUAGCGGGUAUGCCUUCGCCACAGCACAUGUUCAUGGUGCCAUCUACCACCUGCUAACCCCUGCUAACCCCUGGAGGAAAGAAGAUCAAGUACAAAUCUGA